GGUGACGGCCGACGGGCCGGACGGCAGUCGGGAACUCGGGAGUCGGGACACCGGAUUCAAAAAACAAUCGGUUUGUUUUGAAAACCUUGUAAGAUGAUAUUUAGCUUUUAAUAUAAGAAAUGAACGACAUAAAAAGAAGAGGUAAAUUGGUAAAAAAAACAGAUACAGUAAACGAAUUAAAUUUUAAAGACAACAAGAAAGGCAAGCAUAAACCAUCAAUUCAUAAAGGACUUCCCUUGCGAGUGUUGUCACGUGGUGUAGUUAUAGCAUCUUUAUUGAUUGUUGUGUAUUUUACAUCAAAAGAUGAAUUACGAACAUUUGCCAGACAAAAUGAAGUUUUAUCAGGAAAAGUCCAAACUUUACAAUGCUCUCCUCAGUAUUUGAAAGAAAUUAAUUCUUAUGAUGGCUGUGUUCCGAAGACAUGUAAAAGAUUUGUUUUUGAUACAGUUGUAUCAUUGACAGAAGUAGAAGGUUUACUGGCAAUUGCUAAGAAAGGAUUAAAACAUGGAAGAAGUUUAGGUGGAGCUUCAGUUAUUGAUUUACAUAGUGGAGCUAUGUCGAAAGGUCAAGCCUUCAUAAAUAUAUAUGAGUCCCAUAGCAUGAAAAAUUUAUUUACCGAGGAUGAUUUCAAUUUAUAUAGAAGUGUAAAAGAAAAAGUGAAGUAUACCAUUGCAAAUCAUUUUAAUGUGAAUGCUGAUAAAAUUUAUUUAACACACCCAACUUUUAUAUCUGAAAUGACUUCUCGAAAUGCUGUUACUAAACAUGAUGAAUAUUGGCAUUCCCAUGUUGAUAAAGAAACAUACCCAAGUUUUCACUAUACUAGUCUAGUAUAUUUAAGUGAUUAUAAUAUUAACUUUGAAGGAGGAAGAUUUGUGUUUAUUGAUGAAAAAUACAACACUACUAUUGAACCAAAAAAAGGAAGACUUAGCAUCUUUACUAGUGGACAUGAAAAUUUACAUUUUGUAGAAAAAGUUAAGUCAGGAGUUCGAUAUGCCAUGACCAUAGCUUUUACUUGUGACAAAAAACAAGCCAUUCAAGAUCCUAGUAUUGACAAAUAUAACAUUCCAUAAAUCAUGUAUUUUAGUUUUUAGCCUUAAGAUUAAUAAAAAUUAUAAUAAAUUACAAA